AAGGCCAACAUCUUUCACAUGCUGUGACCCUUAACCUUUUAGUUUAGAGGUAUUAGUUAAAUAUGCAACAAAUUCAGCUCAUCGCUCAUGCUGCACUUAAUCACAAAGAUGUCUAAUAUUGCUCACCUAAUGUGUUUUAUCCUAUUUGGUUUGAAAAUACGUUCAGUGUUGAAACAAUACCAGGCUGUAGUAUAAAGACUUGAUUUCAAGCAGCUUUUAGUUCAAGCAAGAGGAUAUCCCAGUAAGUAUCUGUAAAAGGCCUGUGUGUUUUAGAGACUGUAUAUGGUGGAUAUGGAGGAUGAAGGUGACUGGACAACAGAAUCCCUAACUGGGCUGCACAUUCAAACACAAGAGAGCUGUUUAACUGUUUAUUUGGAGAAUAGAACUACAAACUUACUGAUGUGGCAGCAUGGCAGACAGUAACAGAGGACCUGAACAAGAUGCACCUUAUAUCACUUCCCCUGUGAUGCAUAACUCCUCCCCUCAUCUCAGACACAAGAUGUUUAACAGUAUCUAUAUAGUCUAAUUUAAUCUAAUCACCUAAUCAAUGUGCACUUUAAUUUGUGUAAUUUUUAACACAGAUGUAGGUUGGAGACACCAAAGCUGUUUAAGUGUUUGAGUAUUAUACUUCCUCUGUGCAAAGUGACUGCAGUAUCAAAAAUCUGUUGUGCUCAGGGCCACUCCCCACACACAGCCGAGUGUGCCCUUCAGACACAGAAUCAGUCUGACAUGUGUCGCUUGUUGGAUUAUUACCACUGACCCUUAAAUGCUGUGAAGACGAUUGAAGCGUUGGUUUUAAGGAGAAUUAACUUGACAGGAAAGCAUGGCAGGUGCUAUACAGAUUUUCUUCAUAUGCUGUCUACUUAAAGGUAGCUUAUGCCAGCAGUGGGGAGCCGUCAUGCCUCAGAAUCUAGUCGCGGUGAGUGGAUCCUGCAUCAUCAUCCCUUGCGGUUUCAGCGUGCCCCCAGAAUAUGAUCAGUUCCUAGAUGAUUCGUGUAGAGCUAUUUGGAAGAGAGGCUGGACCCGAACACAGGUGUUUGAUUCCAGCCUCACAGGAGCAAGCGCAAACUCCAACAUUCUGCAGGGAAACCUGACUGGGAUCCUCCGUGAGAAAGACUGCACCACUAUCUUCAACAACCUGCCAGUAAACCAGUAUGACUAUUACUUCAGACUGCAGUGUGACAACUCGCUGAAGUUCAACUUUCAAACAAGUGUUCACAUCAAUGUUCAAGAUUUCCUGCCCACACCCACUGUGACUUCCUCUGGCCUGGAAGUAGAAGAAGGGUCUCUGGUAACGUUGAGCUGCUCAGCUGUUGCUCCCUGUCCCACCCUUCCCCCGGUUCUCACAUGGACAUCGGACAUAGGUGACACUGUGGAGGAUAUUGAUGGUCAACUUGCCUCCUCUGUUAUGAACUUCAACGCUUCGUACCUCCACAACGGACAGAAGUUCUCCUGCACUGCUCUCUACAACCGGCAGGCUGGGAACAGUGAGCUUGUGUAUGAAAAAAGUUUGACUCUGCGUGUUCUUUAUCCUCCAAAUAAUACCUCAGUCAGUUACCCUGGUCCUGUAAAAGAAGGCAGUUCCGUCACUCUGACUUGCAACACUAACGCGAAUCCAGCUGUGGACAACUACACCUGGUACAAAGUGGAUGGAGAGCAGGAGGCAGCGAUGGGUUAUAAGAAGAGACUCUCCACCACAGUCUCAGAAGUGGACAGCCAGUUUUACUGCCAAGUCAGUAACAGAUAUGGGACCCAGAACUCCUCUGUCACUCAGAUAGACGUGCAGUUCUCUCCCAAGGACACAACAGUAGUGGUUGAACCCACUGGUUCAGUUCUGGAGGGAAGCUCUGUUCAUCUGUUCUGCAGGAGCCGAGCCAACCCACCUGUCAGCAACUACACCUGGUACAGAGGUGAUGAAUUGGACAUGGAGCCUGGGCCCACCUUAGUGAUUGACGGUGUUAACCCCAGCCAUGAUGGUAACUACCACUGUGCAGCAAGAAAUGACCUGGGAGAAGAAACUUCAGCAAAGGUUCUACUUGACAUUCAGUAUCCCCCUAAGAACACUACGGUAUCCGUCGAGCCCUCUGGUCCAGUGCCAGAUGGCAGCUCUGUGACUUUGACUUGCACAAGCAUCGCCAAUCCAGCUGCAGUCAACGUCACCUGGUUCAGAGUGGCUGGAAGACAGAAGGAGGUGGUGGGCGUUGAUCGAGACCUUACCUUCAAUGUGACCAAACUCUCAGAAGAUCAUUAUUACUGUGAAGCUCUGAAUGUCCACGGAUCUGAAUACUCGGAUCCUGUCAGCAUUGAUGUCACAUUUGCUCCAGAGAUACUGUCUUCUUCUCGCUGCGUCAAGAUUUUAUCCCUGAUCCGAUGUUCGUGCGACAGCCAGGCGAACCCACUUCCCUCCCUGGUUUGGGAACUAGGCGGGGAACCUGUCAAUCAUUCUGCAAAAAUCCCAAUCAGGGAGGUAACCCUGAAAAGCAUGAGAACAAGGAGCUCCAUCACCCUGUACCAUCUGGACGGAGACCUGCCCUUGCUGGUGUGCCUCAGUAUCAACCCACUGGGUCUGGAUAAUCUGGCUUUCAAUGUGUCCUCCAGUGAAACUCAGCUAGGCAUCCAUACUGUGUCUCUGCUGAUCGGUUGUGCAGCGGGAGCUCUGGGGAUGCUGCUGCUGUGCAUCCCACUUCUGCUUCUGCUAUGCAGUAAAAUGAAAGGCAACCUCUCACUUGAUAAGAGACUGGUGGACACUUCAGAAUUUUUAGCCACCAAUGAGACCAACUCAUCACAAGUCGAUGUUGUUUAUGCCAAUAAAACCACCCUGGAGGAGGAAGGAGGUAAAGAAGACUCUCUCCACUACGCCCACGUGGACUUUGCUAAACUCCAGACUAGAUCAGAUGGCAAUCUCAGAGAAGGUGAGAUCAGAGAUGGGAUAUCCAAGACAGUAGAGUACGCUGAAGACCGCUUGCAGUGCAAUGGAGGAGAUGCAAAAUAGAUAGAAACACUGGCAGACAUUCAUUUGGGACAAGAUAAUGUUGAUGGAGCAGGUUGGUGAAAAGGUAAUUGCUUAGCCUGGGGAGAGUUCAUAUCAGAAAGACAGGACUGGUGCUAUGUGUAAACAUCAGCAGGUGCUGAGCUGGGAAUUCGAGCACAAAAAAAAUAAAAUGAAAUGGAGGUAAGAGCUGCCUUGAAGGAAAUGCUUCCAUCCACCUCUCGACUGUGUCAAAUCACCUCUCAAAUCUUUUGUGUCUCUUUACUGAAUAAUGCUUAUCAAGACUGUAAACAAAAUUUGAAAUACGUACAGAUAUGAGAGCAAACCUGUAUGCCGAGGUUAAAUCUACUAAAAUCUCUUUAUGUCUGAAUUGUUCCAUUAAACUACAUGUGAUUCACAACUAUAGAUAAUAGAUAUAUAAAAAAGUAUUUGAGUGAUUUUUUUUUUUUUUUUUUGAAGUACUAUUUAUAUUGCUAACUGGCUAAAUGCAGACUGAAAGGAGCAGGUACAAUGAUACUUGUUUAACAUUUUUUUUUAUUGAUAACUUUGUGUUUUAGGUAAAAUACAUAAAUAUGUCUACAUUUAUUUUAAAAAAAAAGCAAUUGCAACUGGAGUAAAAAAAAAGCUAAAGCAGAUUAUGAAAUACAACUUUAUACAUACAGGUGCUGUAACAUAUAUCA